AUGACCACGACAACAUCCACCAGAAUACCAGUGCCGCAGGUCCCCAUCUCUCCCAGCCAGGACCCACUCUUCACUGCAAUAAACGCAUACGUGCACACCUACAUGUCGCAGUACGACAAUUCGCACGACUACCAGCACAUCCUCCGCGUCGUAUCAAACGCCAACCGCAUCCUCCAAGACGAACUCAGCACCAACCCAUCCACAUCCUACGACACCACCAGUCUCUUCCUAGCCGCCCUUCUCCACGACGUCGGAGACCACAAGUACGCCAAACCAGACGAAGACACGUCGACCAAAAUCCACACCAUCCUCCUCGCCCACGGCGCCGAAGCCUCCCUCGCAGCAAAAGUCCAAACCAUUGUCCACCACGUCAGCUACACCAACGAAGUGCGCAACCCAGAAUCCGUCACCGCCGUGCUGGCGCAGCACCCGGAGCUGGCCAUCGUGCAGGACGCGGAUCGGCUCGACGCCAUUGGCGCUGUUGGAAUCGGACGUUGUUUUUCUUUCGGCGCGGCCAGGUUCCCCGACCAGCCUAUGGGGCGGGCUAUCGAUCAUUUUGAAGAGAAGCUGUACAAGCUCGAGGACAUGAUGAAGACGGCGAGUGGGAAGCAGAUGGCGAGGAGGCGGACGGAUGUGCUGAGGGGUUUUGCGAGGGAGUGGAGGGAAGAGGAGGUGUUGAGCUUUCGGUUGAGCUGA